AUGGCGAAAUCCUCUGUAAUAAGCAUGAAGCUCUUGAUCGAUACUCAUGCAAAGAGAGUUCUAUUUGCCGAGGCAGGCAAAGAUUGUGUGGAUUUCCUGUUUUACAUACUCUCUUUGCCUGUAGCUAACCUCAUCAAUCUUGUCGGAAAAAACCAAAUGGUGGGGUCUUUGGGAAACCUGUACGAAAGCAUAGAAACCCUAAACCAGUCAUACAUACAGCCAAACAAAACCAAAGACACCCUUCUGAAACCAGUGGCUUCUGUCUGUAGUGGUUCUUCUGUUCCUCUGUUAGCCCUACAAGAUGCACCAACGGCGGCUACUAGUGUAAAGAAGUUUUAUAGAUGCAUCAAUUAUUGUUCUAGUUAUGUUAGUGAUGGCCCAAACGCCGUUUGUCCGAGUUGUCGGAAUACUAUGAACAGUACAGUCAACUACGUGGCUCCUCCUUCUGGAAAACAAGAACCGCCGGCCGGUAGUAGUAGUGAAGAAGGUUUAGGGUUUGUUAAAGGGGUGGUGACUUAUAUGGUGAUGGAUGACUUGGUUGUCACGCCAAUGUCUACUAUUUCCAGCAUUACCCUUCUCAACAAGUUUAAUAUCAAGGAAGUGGGGUUGUUGGAGGAGAAAAUAGUGGAUUUGGGAAUUACUGAGGCUGUGAAGUUGUUGAAGGCUUCUCUGGAGACCGACAAAGUUCUUACCACUGUCUUCUUGAAGUGA